ACGCUCUACUCGGCCCUGCCCGCCCUCCUGGAGAGCAACCCCUUCUCGGGGGCCGGGGAGCCCAGCGCCGGGCAGGACCUGGCCACCGUCCCCGAGGGCGUGCGCCCCACCUUGGCCGUCUACCAGGCGGCCCUGGAGCUCACCCGCCACUGCCAGCUCCACCCCGACCUCGUCUCCCAGACCUUCGGCUACCUCUUCUUCUUCUCCAACGCCUCCCUCUUCAACACCCUCAUGGAGAAAGGCAGCGCCGGGCCCUUCUUCCAGUGGUGGCGGGCGGUGAGGAUCCGCAGCAACCUGGACCUGGUGCUGGACUGGCUGACGGCCCUGGGCCUCGGGGACAUCGCCGGCGAGUUCUUCCGCAAGCUCUCGGCCACCGCCAACCUCCUCUGCACCCCCCGCAGCUGCCUCUGCAAGGCGACGUGGCCGCGGCUACGGGCCGAGUACCCGGCGCUGUCCCCGGCCCAGCUCCACCAUCUGCUGCGCCAUUAUCAGCUGGGGCUGGGCCGGGCGCCCCCCCCCGCCUGGAGCCCCCCCCCCGAGGAGCGCGAGCUGGCGGCCACCGGUGACAUCUUCGAGAGCUUCUCGGAGCACCCCCCGCUGCUGCUGCCCACCCAGGGCUUCCGCCUGCGCCCGGGGGAGCCCCCGGCCCCCGAGCUGCUGCCCCCCCUCUGCCGCCUGCGCCGCCGCCUCUGGGAGCUGGAGCAGGGGGGGCUGCCCGCCAACCAGCGCGCCAUGGCCAUGGAGGGGGGGCCCUGAGCCUGGCGACCCCCCCGAGACACCGUCCCCCCUCCCCAGGUACCCCCGAGACCCCCCCCCGGGGGGGGCUGGGACACCCUGUGGCCACCUACGGGCCCCCUGUGGCCACCACAGCCCCUGGGAGCCUGAGCAGGGGGGGGCUGCCCCCCAACCAGAGGGGAUGGAGGGGGGGCCCCGAGCCUGGGGACCCCCCCCCGGGGAUUGCUGAGACCCCCCCGGGGGGGCUGGGACACUCUGUGGCCACCUACGGGCCCCCUGUGGCCACCACAGCCCCUGGGAGCCUGAGCAGGGGGGGGCUGCCCCCAACCAUGGAAGAUGGAGGGGGGGCCCUGAGCCUGGGGACCCCCCCCAAGGACUCCUGAGACCCCCCCGGGGGGGCUGGGACACCCUGUGGCCACCUACGGGCCCCCUGUGGCCACCACAGCCCCUGGGAGCCUGAGCAGGGGGGGGCUGCCCCCCAACCAUGGAAGAUGGAGGGGGGGCCCUGAGCCUGGGGACCCCCCCCAAGGACUCCUGAGACCCCCCCCGAGACCCCCCCGGGGGGGCUGGGACACCCUGUGGCCACCUACGGGCCCCCCCUGUGGCCACCACAGCCCCUGGGAGCUGCCCCCCCCCACCAGCAUGGGAGGGGGAUGGAGGGGGGGCCCUGAGACUAGGGACCCCCCCGGGACCCCUAAAACCCCCGAGGGGGGGCUGGGACACUUAUGGGACCCCCCCCGAGGGCCCCUUGGUGUGUGUGUCCCCCCCCUCCGGGGCCCCCCAAAGGGCACCCAAAGGACGCUGCCACCCCCCACCGCCCCCCCAGGGCCCCCCCAAAAGGACCCAGGGCCCCCCCAUCCCCCCCCCCGGCGAUGGGGGGGUCCCCGCUGUGAGGUGUAUCCAUGUGUGUGACCC